AUGGAGAACGAGGAGCUUUUCGCGGGCGAGCCCGCCCUUGAUGCACAACAGGAAGCCACAGGUGCCCAACGCUCUGCAGCUGCAUCUAAACAGGCCCCCCUGCAAAUACACACCGAGCCCCUGCUAGCAGAUGACGAUGACUGGCAGCAGGAUCAGCAACACGAGGAACACAUUCGCACUAUAGACGAACGACCGCGAUGGAGACAGCCACACAUCUGGUGGCUCCUGCCGUUCGGGCUUCUUUUCACCUUAGGCUUCGGUGGUCUCGCUGUCCCUAGAAUUAAUUUAAUCAUGUCUCUUAUUUGCCGUGACUAUUUUGCCGAGAAGACAUCGCAGGAUCCCAACUUCACCUACCUCCCCGUCGUCUUCGGCGAAGAUAACUUCCAGUGUCGACUACCGGAGAUUCAGUCCCUAGUCGCCAAAUUCCAGCUCUAUAUCAACCUUGUCACCGGUAUCAUCUCGGCUCUGGUUAGCCCGCGUCUGGGCCACCUAUCCGAUCGCUAUGGAAGGACCACAUUGAUUGCGCUGUGCGCAAUGGGUGCUGUGUUCAAUGAAGCCAUUACCGCGAUUGUCGCUUCCUGGCCGGAAACUAUGUCGGUCAAUAUACUCUUGGUUGGAGCGGUGGCGGACGGUCUAGGCGGAUCUUUCACGACCGCACAGGCUUUAAUCCAUUCCUAUGCCUCAGACUGCACGCCGCCCGAUCGAAGGAGCGUGGCCUUUGGCAUGUUCCACGGCGCUCUAUUCCUUGGAAUCGCAGUCGGCCCAACCGGCGCUGCAUACUUGAUCAGCAAGACGGGGGACUCCUUGGUAGUCUUCUACAUUGGUCUUGCGCUCCAUUCGUUCUUCUGUCUUUCGGUCUACUUUAUCGUCCCCGAGUCUCUUUCCAAAGAACGGCAGCUAGAAGCUCGUGAGCGCCAUCGCGUGAAACAAGCUGAUGCCCCCGACAGCAGUUGGUAUUCAUUGAGGGCCAUCAACCCCUUGAAUCUUAUUACGCCGCUGAAGAUUCUUAUGCCUGCUGUAGGUAAACCGAGUGUCUUGUUCCCGAAUCGCCGUGGAGCCAGCCCAGCCUUGCGCAGGAACAUUGUCCUGCUUGCUGCGAUGGAUACUGCAGUCUUCGGUGUUGCCAUGGGCACCGUCCAGGUCAUCAUUAUAUACGCGGAGUACAUGUUCAAAUGGGGAAAUGUGGAAUCAAGCCUUUUCGUUUCCAUCAUCAACGUGGUCCGUGUGGUGAAUCUGUUCGUGGUUCUUCCUAUUGUCGCCCGCCUAUUCCGUACGCCAUCUGAAGAUGACGGUGUCAUACGCGGAUCGGACAUGCUGGACAUUGUCCUUAUCCGUUUGUCGGUUGUUUUUGACGUCCUCGGAUAUGUUGGCUACGCGUUGUCCAAGCACCCAUCAGUAAUGAUUCUCUCCGGUGCUGUAGCGUCGCUUGGUGGGAUGGGCUCGCCUACUUUGCAGUCAUCUCUUACCAAGCAUGUUCCUCACGAGCGCGUGGGGCAGAUGCUCGGUGCAACAGGUCUUUUGCAUGCACUCGCUAGAGUGGUUGCACCCACUAUCUUCAAUCUGAUCUAUAGUAUGACUGUUGCGACGUACCCACAGACCGUCUUCGUUGCUCUUGCGGCUGUAUUUGGAGUUGUGUUCUUUAUGAGUUUACUUAUUCGACCACAUGUCACUCUUGAAGAUGAGCCGAUAUCGGAUGCUACUGUUGAGGCCAACGAAGUGGGAGAGAGCGAAGAAGAUCGUCUACUCAUGUAA